AUGUCGGCAGCGGUGCGCGCUGCCCUAGCCGCAAAACGGGCGGAGCAUCGCUCCCGCUCUGCUUCGCCUACCAAGCUCAGCCCUUCGCUUCCCAAGGGUGACAACACCGAGCUUCCUCAUUUCGGCCGCGACCUCGAUGCUUCCAUAGCAAGCCCCUUUGGCUCUCCAAAGCCGGCCGCUAGACCGCUCAGAACAGCAGAUGCCGACCGCAGCUCCGUCUCGCCAGCACCAGAAAUGGACUUGAACCAGAAAUCAGAGGAGGAUGUCGUUCGUCUUAGUGUACAGACUGGCAAAGCAAACCUGUCCGCACGUUCGCCCUCUCUGCGGGAGGUGCCCGCACUGCUCCUCUCGCUCGUCGCCGACGAACCUCCGUCUUGGUUCCUUCAAAUCCCAGAGGACGACCGACAGCCUUGGUACAUGCGCGAAGAACUCCAUACGCUGCAACUGAGCAACAACGAGCUGCAGUCCAUCCCCGACAAGCUCGCCGAGUUCCGUGGUCUCAAACGUCUCGAAUUGCACCGCAACAAUCUCUCCGCUCUGCCCCCGAACCUCUUCCAGCUCUCGGCCCUCACCAGUCUCACCCUCGCCAAAAAUGGGCUCACAGCUUUCCCGCACUGCCUUCUAGCCCUCGAUAAUCUCGUGACUCUCAACUUGUCCCACAACAAGAUUCAAGUGCUUUGGAACGACGCCGAUGUCGCCGCUGCCCGCUCACAGCGUCAAGCUUGGGACAAGGAGAAUGCUGCACAGGAGAAUGGCGUUUGGGCUGGGCUUUCACCCUCCAAGAAGGACCGCAAACCACUCGGCGCUGCGUCUGAUGCGCAGGAGAGCGUUCCCAUGCGCUCUCUGCGAAGUCUGGAUCUCAGCCACAACCGUAUUACGAACGGUGUGCUGGGCAUUCCAGACGUUGCCAAUCGCCGCAAUAAGAAUUUCGAGGCCAAAGCGCAAGGUACGAGCGUGGUGCGGCUGCCUACCGGUCUGAGGACGCUCAAUCUCGGCCACAACAACAUUCGUGGGCCUGUCUCCGUCAGUUUGUUCCAAGAUCUUGCAAGCCUCGAGGAUCUCGGUUUGCAAGGUUGCGGCAUUGGGGAUGACGUCUUGACAGCUGAAGGUACCACCGAUAACGCCAAGCAAACACUGCCCAGCCUUUCCGUUCUCGACUUGUCUGGCUGCGAGCUCGACGAUCUCAGCAAGGUCGAGGCUAUGUUUGGCUCUCCUCGCAUUCAAUCUUUUGAUCAGGCAAUUGGCAACGUCGAUGCUGCAGCUUCCGCUCAAGAGCAGGUUGGACCGUCCGCCGGACUGCCAGCGCGCCAUCUUGUUCGCGUUCUCAACCGGCCCACGUCCGACGAUGUGAGGAAGAUGGAGGGUCGCUCCGGUGCGAAGGUGCUCUGCUUGCUGCUGGAAGGUAACCCGCUUCGGGAAGAAGCUUUUCGGAAGAAGCGGGGCGGUCGUUCGGCCUCGCCAGAGAAGAGGCAGGGCGCGAGCCCUGCCACGUUGGGAACGAGUGGGAGCAAGUCUGUUUCGACUGCCCCAGCCCCGGCCUCAGCUGGAGUCGCGGACGCUGCGACUUCGACUACUGCAAAGACGGCAUCCGUAGCUGUGGGCGCAUCUCAACUUCCGCCCAAGCCGCAGAUUGUCAAGGAGGACUGGGAGAUCUUGGCCGAGUCGGGACUCAAUACCGAGCUGGGCCGUCGAAAGCUCCGUAUAGAGCAGGCGCGGAAGGAGCAGGAGGCUGCUGCCGCUGCUGACGCUUCCGCCAACGAGUCUGCUGCAAAGGAAAUCGAAAGCUCUGGAGGCGAGGAUGCUCAGAGUCGUGGACGAAAACAACGUGGAGUGGAAGACGCAGCAGGCUCGGAUCCUGACGGCACUGGGUCUGGGGCAGAUUCGAGGGAGCGCGCCAUGUCUCACAACCGAGGCGAGUCCAUCGACGAUAAGGACACGGGCAGCGCGCUCGCCAACGCUAAGCUGAGCUCCAAGAAGAAGGAAGCGCUCGGACAGGUGCCAUGCAAGUUUUUUCGGAGUAAUGGAUGUUCGGCCGGCGCAUCCUGUCCCUUCGCCCACACUCUUCCGGGAGAUGGUGGGCAAAAGUCCGUUUGCCAGUGGUUUCUGAAGGGCAACUGCCGCUUCGGCCACAAGUGUGCCUUGGCGCAUGUGUUACCUGGCCAGCCGAUGAGCAUGGAUCGCAAGAACAAGAGGGCUGCGCAGCAUGGACAGCCGCUUCCGCAUGCGCCGGGUUUGCAACAACAACAACAACAGCAGCAGCAGCAGCAGCAACAACAACAUGGUAUGGCGGGGGGUGCUGUAGGUGGCGGCCAGGCUGGGCAGGCCAAGUCGAUGAAUCGGCAUGUGUCGACUCCGCAGGUGCAGCAUCAGGCGCAGUCGCCGAUGGGAGCUCAGCAGGGGAUGGGUACGAGGAACGAAUUGGCGCCCGGCCACGCUGCGCCGCAGAUCUCGGCGCAGAUGCAUGGUCGGAAGGCGUCGUUUACGACAAGGGAUCAUGAUCUGCCGUUUGGGAUGAUGGACGACUUGCAGACAAGUGGCGGUGCUGCGCCUGGUGCGGCCCCGUCGACUGAUGCGGCUCGAGCUGGGUUCGAAGGAGUCGGUCUGCAGGAUGCGUCGUUGUCGACGUCGUUCAAGGGGAGUAUGUCAUUCCGGCGUCCGAGCACGUUGUCGCAGAGCUUGAGUGCUUCGUUGGCGGCGCAGUCGCUGGGUGGGAUGGAUUCGGCAGCAGCGGCGGCCGCGUUUGGGACCUCAGCGUCGGCUUCUCGAGCGUUUGGGACGAGUCCGUUUAGCCAUCCGAGCGGGCAUGCGCUGUUCUUCAGUGGUAGCCAGGACUCGGAGGGUGGGGCGGGGCCGUUUGCACGCAGCAGUAGCAAUCGGGAUGUGUUUGGCGGGAGGAGUGUAGGGAGGAUGGACGAUGGUGCCAAGCUGUGGGGCGCUUCUGGUGCGCAGGCUGUUGGGGGUAGUAAAGUGGAGGAGGAGAUGGAGGAUGCGGAGGACUUUUUGCCGUCGAGUCUGUCGGACUUGCUCACGCCGGCUGAGCUGGAGCGUCGGCGCCGGAGCAAUCGGCUAUCGAGUUCGUUCGCGGGCAAUGACGAGCGGGUCACGGUCGCGCAGAGUAUGCCGGCGCAGGCAGGGCAGGCAUUUGGGUCGUCGCUUGGGUUUGGGCGAUCGGCGAUUGGAGCGGAGCGGGCGAAUGCGAGCAAUUUGUCGACUGGGUUUCAGGAGCAGUCGAAGCACCAUCAGAAGCAGCAGGCGAGUGGGGAGAGUUUCGGUCUCUUCGCUGGUGGACGAAGGACGAGCGGGAUUGAUUCGAUUGCGUUCCGCGAGAGCACGGCUGGCUUGUCGACUUCGGCGAGCCGGGCGGCAGCUCAUCAUGCGCCAGGCCAGAGUCUUCCGCAGGGUCUGGCGGCUGGGUUGAGCAGGUUGCAUCUGCGUACCGGAAGGCCUGCGGAAGUUGGCGGUGGUGUUGCUGGGGGUGGUGGCUUUGGGACCAUUGGCGGAGGGGGAGGGGCUGGUGGUGAUGGCUUUGGGGCGGCUCCUAGCGGGGCUCCCACUCAGCAGCUGGGAAAUGGGUCUACAGGUGGGCUGAGGGUGCCGGGCAGCUUGGAUGAUUUUGGACUGGGUCCGACGGCUCCUUCGUCCGUGCUGGCUCAUCGCAGUCCGCUCAGCUUUGCUGUGGGUAGUGCCAGUGGUAACACUGUCGGCGCGCCGGGCAGUCAUCGACUGAGCGGGUCGUUCGCGGAGCGGCAGUUGGGCAAUGGCACGUUCGGCUCGCCUGGUGGGAGCGGCAGCACCGGCUCGCCGUUCUCGCCCCAGCUUUCGGCGAUCGGGUCGCACAGAGGCGAAGGGGGCAUCGCGAUCCCCGAGGGGGGCGGGCAGAGGCAUUCGUCAGCGGUGGGGGCUGCGAGGUAUGCGCAGCAUCCGGCGACGCAGCGAUUACGCGCGGGUAGCUCGGCGGCUGCUCCGCACUCUCCGCUGACGUUGCCCGUCGUGACGGCGGAGGAGGAUGAGGACGAGGCGAUCUUUGAGCUUGAAUAA